AUGCAGCAAAAAUUUCUUACAAAUGAACGAAACCGUAAAAAUCAUAUGAAAGGAGUGAUCAAUAAACAACAAGAACGCGAAAGAAAGGCGAAGAAAGUUCGUGAAAAAUUGUAUGUUGAAUUGGAAGGAAGUAUCGUCCAUGUUGAUGAAACAUACAGUAGUGAGGGGAAUUCUGAAGGUAAGUUCUGAGAUCAUGCAUAACUUGUCUCAUUUCGCUUGAGUCGCAUGCGAGAGUGGCUGCAUGACUCUAGCAAAAGCAACUUGUUUUCUCGAAUCCCCACCUAAUUCAAAUGUAUUUGAUAAGAAAAUUGCACCCCUUUUUGCCAAGAGGUAAAUCCAUCCCUGAAUCCGUACAAUUCCGGUGUGAACAGGAUGAUGUACAAUUGUGUGACGUAUUGAACUCUCUUACUAGAUGAAGAUUGGGGUGGUGAGCAACAAGACGAGAGGUCUGGUACACAGGCUGAAGAUUCCACAGAUGAAUUUUAUGAAAGCAGCGCAGGUAGAGCACAUCUUUACAAUAUUCACAACUCUUCAAAAGAUUUCGUAUUUUUAUAGUCAAUAUUUGCUCUCACAUGACUUUAAUCACAAGGAUUGCCUUAGACACAAGUCCGCCUCAGAAUUUGUUCCCAAUUUUGGGGAUUGAAAAGGACAAGCGAAGUCCAAGAGUUGCUUACGGAAGAGACGGCUUCACGGCUAAUUGAAGCCAAUUCUCUGCAUGAGAAACUGACACAACUGAGUAAUAAUGGAAUAUAUAUCACUCGUCAGAAUGUAUAUAGAGUAUUAUUUACUGGACAGACUAUUUAUUACAUUGGAAUUAUUGAAUAAUAUUGUAAAAGACAAUAUUUUUUCCCAUAGUUUGCUCUUAUUCCUGCGUGCAGAUUUAUUUCUGCGCGCAGAUUUAUUCCUGCGCGCAGAUUUAUUCCUGCGUGCAGAUUUAUUCCUGCGUGCAGAUUUAUUCCUGCGUGCAGAUUUAUGUCUGCGCGCAGAUUUAUUCCUGCGUGCAGAUUUAUUCCUGCGUGCAGAUUUAUUCCUGCGUGCAGAUUUAUUCCUGCGUGCAGAUUUAUUCCUGCGUGCAGAUUUAUUCCUGCGUGCAGAUUUAUUCCUGCGUGCAGAUUUAUUCCUGCGUGCAGAUUUAUUCCUGCAUGCAGAUUUAUUCCUGCAUGCAGAUUUAUUCCUGCGUGCAGAUUUAUUCCUGCGUGCAGAUUUAUUCCUGCGUGCAGAUUUAUUCCUGCGUGCAGAUUUAUUCCUGCGUGCAGAUUUAUUCCUGCGUGCAGAUUUAUUCCUGCGUGCAGAUUUAUUUCUGCGUGCAGAUUUAUUCCUGCGUGCAGAUUUAUUCCUGCGUGCAGAUUUAUUUCUGCGUGCAGAUUUAUUCCUGCGUUCAGAUUUAUUCCUGCGUGCAGAUUUAUUCCUGAUAAGGGAUUUAAUCGCAUAUUUUUCACCGAUGAGGGAUUACCCUUACCAGACGUCCAGGGAGUGUUGUAGGGCUGUCCAGUGGAAAUAAACUUUAGGCUUCUUCGUGUUUUAGUACCGUGAAAAGAAGUCGUGCGACCCAGUUCGUGACCGUGCCAGUCGAAAUCGUGAGGAAUUCAAGAUGCUCAUGCGUGAAAUGUUGCACCAGAUGCCGCCUGAUAUCUGUCUAAACGCGUUGUGUGUAGAAAAAACGUUGACGUAAGUUGUAAAAUGUAUUGGAACUAGACUACUCGUAUGGGACUUGAAUUUAUUGGACCUAGCCUAUUCGUAUGGGACUGUGAGCGGGCUAUCUUUUUUAACUUGAAUUUAUUAUGCAUAAACUCAGAUCAGAAUGACCCGAGAAUGAUAUAGUUUCUUGAAUUAUUUUAUCCAGGUUGCUUCUAAAGCAAUGGAAAAGCUGCCAAAAUCCAGCAUUUAGUAGUAAGUAUGGUAGUUAGGGCCGUUGGUAUAGUAUAUGGUAGUUAGGGCCGUUAGUAUAGCAAGCGUGUAGCAGAUUGUCAACUUCAGAAAGGUUGACCAUCAUCUACUGCACAACAGUGUUGAGUGAAAUCCAUCAUUGUUAAAAUGUCGUUCUGAAGUACAUUUGAAGUGUUGUUACUCCGGCAAUUAAUGAGAAGUAUAUUUGCUAAUAUUUUUCAGAGAAGUUUGAAGACAUUGGUUGCAGUACGUUCUACAUGUUCAUCGAUAUGGUUUCCGAUUCCGUGCGACAGUUUCCUCCAACAAUGCAGUUUUUCUCAACUUGUGUUGAGCUACUUGGGAAGGUACGCACGAUUUCCUGAUACCUAGUGCAACCAUACCACAUCAUACUACAAUAUACAUACAUUAUUAUACCAUGCCAUACCAUACCAUACCAUACAUACUGCAUCCUCCAUCAUACCAUACUUUAUCAUAUUAUACUAUACACUAUAAUACCAUAUGAUACUAUACUGUACCAUACCACACCAUGGUCCAUAGACUCCAUACCGUAUAAUAACAUUCUUGACAUUACCUAGCAUUCCAUUUCCUGUUUUUCUUUUUUUUCUUUUGUUAAUUAAGCCUUAUUUCCACACAGGAAAUUUUUCGGCGGAAAGAAAAUUUUGCAGAAUGUGAUUGGCUUGGCCGACACAAAUUUUCCGUCGGAAAAAAAUUUUGAAGUUGAAAAAAAAUUUGAAGUUGAAAAUUUUCAACUUUUGACAAUGAUAUUUUCGGAAAUUUUUCUGUCCGUGGAAAUUUUUCUUGAGUGGAAAUGGGCCUUUAUCGUAAAACUACAUAAGCAUUGAGUUACGAAUCUUUCUCUUUAAACAUUUGUUUUUCAAUUCUCAGACUUUUAUCAUGGAGAACCGUACUCAAACAGAAGUUUUGUUGCGAACAAUCCUGGCUCGUCCUAAAAUCGUUGGUUUGCUAUUACCAAUAUUUCAACCUAGCACAUGUGAGGACAGUUUCACGGAAAUGUACGAGAAUGUUAUUCAGACGAAUUUGGACGUCGAAGUCAAGUUUUCACUCCUUUCCAAGGUAUAUGCAUCUGUACAAGGUAUAAAAUUUUCACAAUUUUUGAAAAAAAAAAUAGAAAAAAUUCUCAGAAAUUUGAAUAAAAAAAUUUCAGAAAUUCUCAGAAAAUUAAGAAAGUCUCGGAAGAUUUAAACAUUUUUUGUGCCUGAAGGUUUGUGAUAAAAAAUAGCAGGAUUGAAUAGGAAGUAAUAGAGAGGAUGGAAUAGUAUAGAAUAGAAUAGAAUGAAAUAGAAUUGAAGAAAUAGAAGAGAUGGGAUGAAAUAGAAAUGAAAUAAAACAGACUGGAAUGGGAUGUUUUUGUGUUGUUAUAGUUUGAUUUCCGAAGUUGGCUCGUAUCAAAACCGACUCUCUCCGAACGUAUGGCGAUGAUGAAAGUAUUGUUUGCUGCUCUUUGUGAUUGUGGACUGGAGCCUCCGGUCAAGACUACCAUGUUAUCAGAAGUACGAUUCCCUGUUUUUACCAGUAAAUGACUUGCAUAACAUGUCCAGCCUCAACAAUCUUCACAUCACAUUUAUCAAAACUUGCAACAUGUGCUAUACCAUACAGACUUAAUAUAUGAAACAUAUGUAUAGUUUUACUGCAUAUUAUUUUAAAUGAAAUGAGACCGUUAAUAUUUUUUUAGAUUUACCUCAGAAAGGUGAACGUGCUUCUCUUGUAUCAGUUUCCUGACU